GAAGAGUGUGGAAGGAUUGGCGCAGAGGCGAUCGCUUACCUUACCUCUGGUGCGGCUCACCAUUAGCCUAAGCAAAUUAGUCAGAAUCGCCGUGCCCAAUGUGGUACGGUGUUGACAAGCGACCAGUUUGAUCGUCAAGUAUGCCCGCAGCCACGAGGGACUCAAUCAAUCUCUUGUAGUGACUCGUUCGGCUGAAUUUUCGACAAGACUGCCCGCCUGCGACCUGCAUCCAAAUCUCCAGAUAGCACGCAAGCAACAUGAGCAAGACUGGUGAUUCGCACUCGAUUAGAUUAGACCAUGAAUCAUUCUGAAAGUAGCAGCACUAGUCCUCGCAGUUUUCUCAAUUACAACCAGUGCAACAUGUUGCCCAGUGGUACGCCAGACAUUUACCAUGAUACGCAGCCGUGCGGCAGCAGGAAGCGCCACUUGGAAGGUUCUCAAUACGAAGGUUUCGAGGCCUCCGAGUCGGACUCGCUGGAUGAGCCGACCGCGUACACGCAGCCGUCCACCUCGACGCCCCGUUCGAUGACCGGCAGCUCCGUACCGCCCCCCAAUGGCAAGAAGACGAAGGGCCGGGUCAAAAUCAAGAUGGAAUACAUCGACAAUAAGCUCAGGCGGUACACUACCUUUUCCAAAAGAAAAACCGGCAUCAUGAAAAAGGCCUACGAGCUGUCGACACUGACGGGCACACAGGUGAUGCUGCUGGUGGCCAGCGAGACGGGUCACGUUUACACUUUUGCCACCCGCAAGCUGCAGCCGAUGAUCACGUCGGAGGCUGGCAAGGCGCUGAUCCAAACGUGCCUCAACUCGCCGGACGCAUCGCAGCCAGUUCCUCAAGCGUCGGCCGCUAGCGGCGACCAACGCAUGUCGGCCACCGGCUUCGAGGAGACGGAGCUCAGCUACCACAUCGAGGACGGGGAAAAAAUCGAAGGCUCGCCAAAAUCAUGCGGCAGUGGCUCCGACUCGUCUAUCGACAGCGACUCCGAGUCUUUCGACAACCGCAUGGCCGACGAGAAAUUUUCCAAGUCUGAAGCCGGCAAGCUUAUCAAGCAAGACGUGCCUGAAAACUUGUGUUCUGUUGGUCCUAUGGUAGCAUUUCACAAUGGAAACUUAGUCUACCAGUCGCCGACGUCUUCGAUGAUGUACACGGCGCCUCACGCAGGGUUGCCCAGCGGAAUGCUGUUCGCAGUCAAAGCUGAAGGUCCAAGUUCGGGGAACAAGCCGCAUCUUGCCAUUCCCCUGCACCUUGCGAAAGGAGGAGAGACGCAGUGCUCCCCCGCAGAUCUCUCCAAGAAAUAACAGCGAAUGAAAAGUUUCUCACUUCUUGUCAAUCGAUUGCUCUUACGAUUAGUGCUUUAACUAAUUUAGGCUGUUCUCAUUUUUGUAAUCAAACCAUUUGCAUGUUGAUAAUUUAUUGCGCCUUUUUGUUAUUAAUAAACCAAUUAACUGCGAAUUAAAUUUGUUUUGAUAACUUAA